AUGCUACUUAUUUCGAGACUGAUUGCUGUAAUUUAUGCGACCUUGGCGUCAAAGGUGCCUGAGUUCCAGUUCAGCCUGAAUGGCCAGGGCCAAGGUACGGCUGUGCUUUGUCUCGGGAACCCCUUGAAAAUGCUUCCGCAUGCCUAUAUUUUGAACGCUAAAGCGGAUAACAUUGCAAAUUUUGUCUACGAUGAACUUACAAAGACAAGUACAAUUAGGGACUGCAUGUACAUAAACUGUAAAUAUUAUACGGCUUCAGUGCAGUUGAAGCUGGUCUGCGGCUCAUAUCCCAAACCAAAUGUUAGAACCGCCGAGGCUCUAGUUAUCUGUUUUGAUACGGAAAAUCCAGAAAGCUGGUCAGUUGCUUGUGACUGGCUGAAGUCGAGGGAAGGGGAGGAGGAUAUUCCAGUCCAACUUCUCGUGUGCGACUCUUUAUCUAACAAAAAUCUUCGCAUGGAGGUCUUUGCGGAGGCCACCAAGAAUCACUUCGAGAUUGUCCAACUUUCUCCCCCCUCUGAUGAAAUUGAAGAAGAUGAGGAGUAUGGAGUAGCUAGAAUCAUAGCAGCUCUAAUCGCUCAUCAAUGGUCUAAUCUUGUUCUCAAAAAUAGGAAAACGGUCACUGGUGAAUCCGUUGCUAGAAAUCAUUCCCAGCAGAAGUCAAAUGCAGUUGCUCCAGUGGAAAAAAGUGUAAACCAAAAGGGUGAUUCCGAUGAAGGUGAAGGAGAUGACGAUUCUGAUGGUGAAGUGUUUAACGAGCUCUUCCCUAAGCUCAUGGAAAUGCGAUGCAAAGGCGCUAGUAUGGAUCUCGAAGGUCGUCGGAAAAUGGCUGAAAAAAUGACCGUGAGAUUUUGGAGAGCUCUGAAGUUGGACGAAGAGGAAAUUCAGGGAUUGUUGGAUGACGGAGAGGACUGA